GUCUUACAAUCUAGACAAACAUGAAUGGAUGGGCGGAGAGAAAAGGGUCUAGAAUAAGGAGAAGGCGUUCGCUACCUUACUCCCAACACUAGCAAAUGGUAGUGUGUACUCCCGCCAUGUGGGCUUUGGUACACCCACGUACAUCAUGUCGAUCUAUUGUUGGGAAGGAUCAUUCAAGGCACAUGAAAAGAUAUCAAGAACUAGGUACGCUAGGAUAUCCCUCUCCCUCAAGAACCCAGCCCAAUCACGCACUAACUCGCAGAACAUCAACUUCAACCCUGUCUCUGAAUAUGAAACAGGAACCAUCCACUUACACAGAGAAUGCCCUAAGCCGCUGCAAACCGCUGCAAACCAGUCACAGGAACUAUAUGGACCAGGUAGAUCGGCUUCACUUCGCUCACUCCCUCUCAAGCUUCACUUUCAUCAUUUUAUCAACCUCUGCUUCCCAGUGCAUUCUUGAGACAGACUGA